AUGAAGAUUGAAAUUGACUCCUUCUCCGGUUCUAAGAUUUACCCAGGUAGAGGUACCUUGUUUGUCAGAGGUGACUCCAAGAUCUUCAGAUACCAGUCUUCCAAGUCUGCUUCUUUGUUCCACCAAAGAAAGAACCCAAGAAGAGUUGCCUGGACUGUUUUGUACAGAAGACACCACAAGAAGGGUAUCUCUGAGGAGGCUACCAAGAAGAGAUCUAGAAAGGCUGUCAAGCACCAAAGACCAAUCUCCGGUGCUUCUUUGGAGUUCAUCAAGGAGAAGAGAGCCCAAAAGCCAGCUGAGAGAAAGGCCACCAGAGAGGAGAGAAUCAGAAAGGCUAAGGAGGAGGCUAAGGCCAAGAAGGCUGAGAGAAAGGCUGAGAUCGCUAAGAACGGUGGUGUCGCUCCAAAGGGUUCUAAGAUGGGCCAAAAGGGUGCUUUCCAAAAGGUCCAAGCUACCUCCCGUUAA